AUGCCUGUUGCUAUAAAGAUAAUCGAUCUUGAAAGUGCUGAAGAUGAGAUUGACGACAUACAACAAGAAAUUUCCAUCCUAUCGCAACUUGACUCGCAAUACGUUACAAGGUAUUAUGGAUCUUAUCUCAAAGGGACACAUUUAUGGAUUAUAAUGGAAUACUGUUCAGGAGGAUCUUGCUCUGAUUUAAUGAAACCAGGAUCCUUUAAAGAAGAUUUCAUAGCUAUUAUAUUGCGGGAGUUAUUGAAAGGAUUGGAUUAUCUUCAUUCAGAGAAUAAAAUUCACAGAGCCGCUAAUGUCCUCCUGAGUUCAGCGGGUGAUGUGAAGUUGGCAGAUUUUGGAGUUUCGGGUCAGCUCACGGCUACUUUGACUAAAAAGAAUACCUUUGUUGGCACACCGUUUUGGAUGGCGCCCGAAGUUAUUAAACAAUCAGGAUAUGAUUAUAAGGCGGAUAUUUGGUCUCUUGGGAUAACCGCUAUCGAGCUAGCAAAGGGUGAACCUCCUUACGCAGAAUUACAUCCAAUGAAGGUUCUAUUUCUUAUUCCCAAAAAUCCACCACCAACUUUGGAGGGAUUAUUUUCGAAAUCUUUUAAAGAAUUUAUACAACUUUGCUUACAUAAGGAUCCAGGAAGUCGACCGUCAGCAAAAGAACUUUUAAAGCAUCGAUUCAUUCGCAAUGCAAAAAAGACCCCUUUUUUAACAGAAUUGAUUGAACGACAUGAGAGGUGGCUAGCAGAAGGUUUGGAUCGUCAAGAAUCAGACGGUUCAGAACCUGCUGAGGCUGGCCAUGAUGACGGUGAAGGAACAAGUUGGGAAUUCAAUACUGUUAAAUCUCCAAAACCAGUUUCACAAAAUUUAACCGACGAGGAAGAACAUCAUUCAAGCACAGAUUCUACCAUAGGACCAUCAAAAGGCAAACAAUCAUUGUUAUGCGGUAUUGCACCGACCACUAAAGCCCAAUUAACCUUGGAAGCAAUUAAAAAAGCAUUCAAAGAUGCCGAACAAGAGAACCCUGGUAUAUCUGAAGCUUUUAUGCAUGCCGUCUUACAACGAUAUGAUGAGAUAGCUUGA